CACAGAGAGACAGAAGGAAGAGGUUUCAUGUGCAGAGCAGGGAAAUAGACAACAGGUAGAAGGGAGGAAGCUCAGGUGGAGAUCUGACCAAAGCUGAUCUUUGAGUAGAAAAGAGUGGUCUCUUACUCACCUGUUGAGUGACCGUGGUUAGAAGAACCAAGGUAGGGUGAGUGUGAAGAACAGCAGGUCUUGGGAAAGUUACGCUGACUACGGUGAGAGACCUGGUAAGGAUCGAUAGAGACACUUCCGAAUCUGAGGCUAGUCCAUUGUGAAGCCCCCAAGAUGUGGCUCCAGGUAGCCAUGUUUGUGACAUGCUUAGCUCUGGGCACCCAGGGACAGGACAGAGCCACUUUGUUAAGGACAAACAACCGCGAUGGCCGCUGUCAGUACACCUUCACUGUGGACAGUCCCCUGGAGGCCAGCUGCCCUGCACCUGCCGGGGGCCCAAAGCUGAGUGCACUCGAGUCACGUCUGGCCCUGCUGGAGGCCCAGGUGAGCCGUCUGGUGGCUGGACAGGCAGGAGCAGGAGCAGCCAGUGCAGGGCUGCAGGAGGCCUACAGCCAGGCCAUGAGGGAGAAGGUCCAGCUCCAGCGAGACAAGGACAGGCUAGACAGAUUGACGCAGGACCUGCAGAGGAGGCUCGAGGAGCUGCGUCAGGAGAACGAGAGGCUCCAGGCACGACCCUGCCCACCACACCUGCCUCCCACUGCUCCCUUGCGGGACAGCAAUCAGAGACCCUCCAGUGGGCCAAACGUCCCCUCCCACCUAGGGUCACGAUCUCAAGGGCAGAGCGAGAGGACCAGUGUGAGAGACUCUGCCUGGCCACUCGGUAGUCCAGGUUUCCAGGAGCUGAAGGCAGAGGUGACGGAGCUCCCGGCUUCCCAGCUCAGCCAGGAGAGCGGAGAGAGUAGCACAGGCUGUGGGGAGCUGGUCUCUGUCGGGGAGCCGGUUUCUCACCGCAAGGCAGACAACAUUGCCGGAAAGUAUGGGGUAUGGAUGCAGGACCCAGAACCUGUGGCACCUUACGGUUCUACUAUGAUCUGGCGGAUUGACACUGUCGGCACUGAUGUUCGGCAGCUCUUUGGUUAUGAGGAUAUGGAUCAGCUGGCUCGUGGCUUUCCUACUAAGGUACUGCUCUUACCAGAGCCGAUGGAGAGCACAGGUGCCGCACUGUACCGAGGCUCUCUGUAUUACCAGCGCCGUCGCAGCCGUACUAUGAUGCGCUAUGACCUGGCCACCGAGAGUGUGGCUGCCCGACGAGACUUGACCCAUGCUGGCUUCCACGGUCAGUACCCAUACUCCUGGGGCGGAUACACUGAUAUUGACUUUGCCGUGGAUGAGCAAGGCCUGUGGGUAAUCUACAGCUCCAGCAAGGCUAAAGGAGCCAUCGUCGUGUCCCAGCUGGAUCCCAACAACCUAGAGGUGAAGAGAAGCUGGGAGACGAACAUCCGCAAGGGCGCAGUGGCCAAUGCUUUCAUGAUCUGUGGCCGUCUCUACACAGUGGCUAGCUACAGUUCCCCCAGCACAACCAUCAACCACAGCUAUGACACAGCAACUGGCAAGAGCAAGGCCAUCGCCGUGCCAUUCCAGAACCGUUACCGCUACAAUAGUAUGGUGGACUACAACCCUGCCCACAGGAAGCUCUACGCCUGGGACAAUUUCCACAUGGUGACCUACUCUGUGCGCCUGGCCAACUGAAAGAAACACCAAAAAAUUUGUUUGUCAUAAAUACACUCAAAAACUGACACAGGACAUCUUCUCUAACAUUUUCUCUUCCUGACACUAAUGACUUUUACUCAGCUGAAAGCGACUGACAUCACUUACAAUGUAGAUUUAAUCAGCCGUUACAGUAACCCAAAUUCUCACUACACAUGUUUUGGUGGCAAGUUUUUAAGAUAAUACUUGUAUGAACUUAGUAAUUGCAAGGCAUACAUUUCUGUGGGAUGGCUUUUGCUGUGGCAUAGUCUUCACCAGUGUUUAAGAUUAAUUAUUUUUCUACUAUGUUUAUUGUUUAUUUUUCAGAGUUUUCUUGUAAAACGCUGCUGGGAUUGUUAAACUGAAUUUUAUCCACAAAAGAAAGUACUUGCAUUUCGAUCAGCUUAAUAACUGGUUUAAUUUAGCAUUCAUCUGUCCCAUUUUUGAUACCUUAACUGUGCAUAAGAGAUAUACUGUAUAAAAAUAUAAGCAACUCCCUCUCCUCCCUGUAAACUCUGGAAGAAGAGUAAUAAUUUUUAGAAAUGAUUUUCAU